AUCCUGGAACGCUUUUCAGCUGUCGGAUCUAGGAAACAGACGCUCUAUGGACACAGAGAUACGAGCAUUUUCCAGUUUGGAUUUUUAAACUCCUGCUUCUUUCACACGACGAGUUCAGCAUGGCUGUGGCUGGAGCACUGAUGCCUGCUGUGACACCGUUCCCAAGCGUCAACACGAUGGAUGAUCUGUUGGAUGAGUGUGUGCAGAGCAGCGCAACAGGUGGUGCAGAGAACCCGCGCAUACAAGUGGAGUUCAGCAUCGUGCAAUCUCCAGCUUUACCCCCCAAAGAUGACGACGAGUUGGCAAAAUUUUUGGAUAUCGAUUUUAUUUUGUCAAACACCAUUGAUUCCAUUGAUUCUGCAAACAACGCCAAUGGGAAUAUUUUACAGCCACAGCAGCAGCAGCAGCCGCCGCAGCAGCAGCAGAACGCGUAUUCUCUGCCCGACUCGCCUGAGAGCUUAGCUUCUGUGUCAGAGUGCAGCGACCACCCUCCUUCUCAUCUGGUUGCACAGGGCUACCACGGCAGUGUGAGCUUCACAGGCUCCAGCCCGGUGCACAGUCUGAUGGCGGAGCUUCUCAACACUGACAUGGGCUACCCGGGGGAGAGUUCAUCCGACAAGCAGAGAGAAGGGAGGGAGUACACGGAAUUGCGAGCUUUAAACCACGUUCCAGCUGCUCCCGCUCAUCUCCAAGUGGCCACAACGCCUUCUUCGAUUGGAUACAAAAUUAAAACCGAGCACGUGGAUCAGUCUUGCAUGAUGGCUGCAGUCGGUGGGAACUUUAUGGAACAAGCGUAUGACAAGCCCCAGAUGCGCGCAAUGCCUCCACCAGCUUUUACGCACCACCAAGCUACAGUUCCAGGUGUGCUGCAGGGUUUCGUUGCACACCCUAUGCAGCAUGCCCCACCUCAGGGACGCACCGUGCAAAUGAAUAUGAGCUCACAUCUUCCUCCAAAUCAACGCCAGGUCCAGAAUCAGUACGUGCCGUAUCACCCUCAGUACGCACAGCAGAGCGUGCCACAGUUUCAAGGCCAAUACAACAUGCGCAGAGAGCCAGUCCAGGUUCACCAGCAGCACCGCCCCUCAUCUCUGCAGGGGAUGAUGCUCACUCCUCCCUCGUCGCCAUCGUUGAUGGAGUUCUACGCGCAUGAUGAGGCGGGUGGCAUCAAGCAGAAGCGAGGCCGCAGGUCGUGGGCCAGAAAACGUGCUGCCACACACAACUGCGAGUUUCCCGGCUGUGGGAAAACAUACACAAAGAGCUCCCACCUCAAGGCUCACAUGAGAACGCAUACAGGUGAGAAGCCCUACCACUGUAACUGGGAAGGUUGCGGCUGGAAGUUCGCCAGGUCAGAUGAGCUGACCCGCCACUUCAGGAAGCACACUGGGCACCGACCCUUCCAGUGCCACCUCUGUGAGCGUGCCUUCUCCCGCUCAGAUCACCUGGCUCUCCACAUGAAGAGGCACAUGUAGGCCACACUGAGCAUUGAGAUGAGAUGAGCAUUUUAAGGACACUUCCACGUUUCCCUUUUGGGAUCGUGGUCAGCAUCCAGAAGAAGAAUGAGACGUCCCCAUCGUUGGUCACAGAAAGACUGUAGCACAGCAGUCCUCUGCAGGCCUGAGCAGAUGUGGGACUUUGGCAGAGUUGAGUACCUUGGCAACCAUAUUGAGUUUUUACAAUAGUGCAUCAUAUCCAGCAGAGUAAAGUGCCUCCAGUGGUUGUUGUGCAUACCACAACCCUGGCUAAGUUAUAGUAGUUUAGUAUUUAAAACAUUUCCUCACUCUGUUUUAAGUAAGUUAUUGGUUGCUGCUGAGUGCCUUACUGAGAGUGUGGGCAGGACCCUGUCUUUUGUACACAUUGUAAAUUGUACGUUCUUUUUAUUUUUUCUUCUUUUUUUUUUUUUUGCAAUGUUUACAUCUUAUACCUUUGAUACUACUCAGAUCAGGUCAGGAUUGCAAUGGAUUUUUUUGUACAUAUUUUUUGAAACUUUUUUUCGUGGCUUUUUUUAUAGACCACACUUUUGAUUUUUUUUCUAAGCAUUGCAGGCUUUGCCUAUAUUUGAGACAUUUUUGUUUGGUUUUGUUGUUUUGUUGAUUUGUUGAUUGUGAAGGUUUGCUUGAGCAACGCAAACAAAUUCAGGUACUGAUGUUCAGGAUCCCAGACAACAGAGUCGCUCAGACUCCAAUUGAAAUGUUGUUUUUGUUUAUUCUUACAUCUCAUUGCUUUUCGAGAUGCAGAUAUGUAUUUUAUGAUGAAAAAUGGAUCCUUGUUUGUUGUUUUUUUUAAGAAUGAAGAAAUCCACUGUUCAUCCAACUGACGGAUGAACUGUUGUACUUGAAACACAAAUGCUUUUUUUUUUAAAAAUUUAAAAAUUGGGCUUAAGUGCUCCAAAAUAAACCUACUUUUACAACUA